GAGACCCCCGGCGCCUCGUCCCGGUGAGAGGCAAACCGGCGCCGUCGGAGGAGAGCGCUUCCCCGUGCCGGGCGGGACGCUUGCGUUUUAUUUCCCCUUUAAAGCUGUCGUUAUCGUGCUCCUGGGGGAGUCACUGAUAAAACCUCAGUUAUGGCAAGGUGCUCUGUAACAGAGCAAGAUUGGUCACCUACCUACCAGGGUUUUAUUCCUUAGUCAAAAGAGUUGUAAAUCCCAGGGCUUUUUCUACAGCAGGUUCCUCUGGCUCAGAUGAGCCUCAUGUUGCUGCUACACCUCCUGAUUUAUGUCCAAGAACUGUAUGGCCAGAUGAAGUGAUGGGUCCAUUUGGUCCUCAGGACCAGAGGUUCCAGUUGCCUGGUAAUAUUGGUUUUGACUGUCACCUAAAUGGCACUGCUUCUCAGAAGAAAAGCCAAGUUUCAAAAAGUCUGCCUGAUAUAUUAGCAGAGCCUUCAGCAAGUGAAAGGCAUGAAUUUGUAAUGGCACAAUACAUAAAUGAAUUUCAGGGUGCUGAAGUUCCACAGAAACAGCAAAUAAAUAACGCCGAAACUUACUUUGAAAAUGCAAAGGUAGAAUGUGCGGUACAAGUUUGUCCUGAACUGUUACGAAAAGAUUUUGAGUCAAUGUUUCCAGAAAUGAAUGCCAACCGUUUAACGGUAUUAACUGUCACCCAGAAGACUAAAAAUGAUAUGACUGUAUGGAGUCAAGAAGUGGAGGAUGAGAGAGAGAUGCUGUUAGAAAAUUUCAUCAACGGUGCCAAGGAAAUCUGCUAUGCAAUCUCUUCUGAAGGCUAUUGGGCUGACUUCAUCGAUCCAUCCUCAGGACUGGCAUUUUUUGGACCUUACACAAACAACACUCUCUUUGAAACAGAUGAACGCUACCGCCACUUGGGAUUUUCUGUUGAUGAUCUUGGCUGCUGCAAAGUUAUUCGUCAUAACAUCUGGGGUACUCAUGUGGUUGUAGGAAGUAUUUUCACUAACGCUGAACCUGACAGCCCUAUCAUGAGAAAACUAAGUGGAAACUAGCAAUUGUCGGGGUUUCACAAGUUCUUAUGACCUCUGCAUUCUUUUACUUGAUGAUUCUCUCUAAGCAUUGUCAGGAAAUGCCACACUUUCAAGUAUUCUUAGAUAAUAAAGUAGCUGUUAUUUAUUUUAGUCUUUGUGAAUGUGUUCACCGCAUGUGACUUAGAAUAUUAAUUGAUGGCAUUCGAACAGAUACCUUCAUGUGCCACGUGAAUUUUAAGCUGUGAUUUCCUUCAUCUUGAAUGAGUUGAAACAUACAUGUGCAUAGCUAUCUGCAUAUCCUUUUUUAUUAUUAUCCUGCAAGCCACACUUCUUAACCAUUUUGUCUUUCAGUGUCUAACAAAUCUGUGGUCUUACUGUUAAAAAUCCGGAUGCCACUGAAGUUUCUAGGAAUUUUGCCACUCGACUGAAAUAAGUGGCAAAAAAAGUGGAAUAAGUAAUAACAUUGUUCUCCCAGAAUAUAGAACUUAAUAAAAACUGCAGAAGUUAAUGCUGGACUAAUUGCUCAUUUGCUGUUCUAAAAGGAGAAUAACAAGAUAAGCUUUCAGUGGUCUCUAACCACAAGUAAUACUUCUCGAAGGAAGUGUUCACUUGACUGCUACAUCCAGAGACUCGGGAAAAAGUCUUAAAUUACUCUAGAAUAAGUCAUCUCAUAAUGUUUUUUGUCUUCAUGUUGCUUGGGAUUUUAUUUUCUCAAUGUUUGCUAAAUAUAUUUAAUUAGUUUAUAUAUGUAAGUGUAAUUUAAAGUUGCUUUUGUAACUUUCUUAGGUCAUUAAAUACAUUGUGG